AUGAAUGGUAACUAUUAAGCCUAGAAUUAUGCAAAAUUAGUCGAAGCAUCUACCAAUAUGAACUAACAGAAGUUAAGGAAACACAGAAAAAAUACAAUCAAUAGUCAAAAUACUUAGGGAACUCAAAGGAAAUGGGAGGCAGAAUAUUAAUUAGCAGUAAAGAUUAUAACUAUUUAGAUUUUUAGUAAAGUUGCCUGCAAUUUGGAAUUAAAGCAAAAUUAGGAUUAAAUAUUCGAAUGA